AUGACUAUUACCGGUAGCUGCAUGUGUGGUGCUAUCCACUACGCCGCUGAAGUGGACAAGUACCUCUCCGCUCUCUGCCACUGCACCGACUGCCAAAAGUGGACUGGAAGCGCUUUCACUUCCAACGCCGUUGUUCCCCGCAACAGCUUCAAGGUGACCAAGGGAACCCCAACCACCUACGAUGUCGUCGGAGCCAGCGGAAAGAUCAAUAAACACUUUUUCUGCUCAACCUGUGGCUCGAGCCUCUAUACCGAGCUAGAGCUGAUGCCAGAUAUGACCUGCGUCAAGGGUGGUGGACUCGACAACAAGGAUACCAACCUCGGCGGCAAGAUCGAUAUUGAGUUUUACGUCAAGGACCGGCCUAGCUACCUUGCUGCUGUUCAGGGUGCAAAGCAGGAGCCUAUGUUUGGGUAG